GCGCCGCUUCCUAAACUACACUUCCCAAGCUCCCUCCUGGGCGGGGCGCGGGGCGGGGCGCGGCUGGUACCGGCCGUGGGGAGGGCAGGAUGCUGGAGAUGGCGGCGGCGGUGGAAAUGCGGCUGUAGCGCUGCUGCUCUGUCUCUCUGUGCUUCGCCUCGGGCCGCGCCUGAGCAAGGAGCACCUGUGAGGAAGCGGGGCUGCCGCCCCGGGGCGGCUCGGACUGCGCUGUGCCUCCCGCCCAAUAAAGAAGAAUGUCUUUGUUUAAAGCUAGAGACUGGUGGUCCACCGUACUUGGAGAAAAGGAAGAAUUUGACCAAGGCUGCCUGUGUGUUGCUGAUGUUGAUAAUAGUGGCAGUGGACAAGAUAAAGUUAUUGUGGGCAGUUAUAUGGGAUACCUCCGAAUCUUUAAUCCACAUCCUGUGAAACCUGGAGAUGAAGUACAGCCCGAAGACUUACUCUUGGAAGUGCAGUUGCGAGAACCAAUAUUGCAGGUGGAAGUGGGAAAAUUUGUUUCUGGUACCGAAGGACUUCAUCUGGCUGUGUUGCAUUGCCGAAAACUCUGUGUAUAUGCUGUUUCAGGAACUCUGGGAAAUGUGGAACAUGGGAACCAGUAUCAAAUUAAGCUGAUGUAUGAGCACAAUCUUCAGAGAACUGCUUGUAAUAUGACUUAUGGUCCAUUUGGUGGUGUAAAAGGUCGAGAUUUGAUAUGCAUACAGUCCAUGGACGGGAUGCUUAUGUUGUUUGAACAGGAAAGCUAUGCUUUUGGCCGCUUUUUACCCGGUUUUCUUCUGCCUGGUCCCUUGACUUACAGCUCUCGCACAGAUUCUUUCAUUACAGUGUCUUCAUGUCAACAGGUUGAGAGUUACAAAUACCAAGUGCUGGCAUUUGCGACAGAUGCUGAUGAAAGACAAGAAACAGAACAGCAAAAACUUAGCUCUGGAAAAAGACUUGUGGUGGAUUGGGUUCUAAACAUCGGAGAGCAAGCCCUGGAUAUAUGCGUUGUCUCAUUUAAUCAGGGAGUUUCUUCUGUUUUUGUGCUUGGUGAGAGAAACUUCUUUUGCCUUAAGGAUAAUGGGCAAAUACGAUUUAUGAAAAAGCUUGAUUACAGUCCGAGUUGCUUCAUUCCUUAUUGUUCAGUGCAAGAAGGAACAAUAAACACUUUAAUUGGAAAUCACAAUAAGAUGUUGAAUGUUUAUCAAGAUGUUACACUGAAAUGGGCCACUCAACUUCCCCACAUUCCUGUAUCAGUAAGAGUAGCGAAUUUUCAAGACUUGAAGGGUGUUAUAGUCACUCUGACUGAUGAUGGGCAUCUUCAGUGUUCAUACCUUGGAACUGAUCCUUCAAUCUUCCAGGCUCCUAAGGUUGAUGCUAGGGAAAUAAACUAUGAAGAAAUGAAUGCUGAAAUGAAAGAGCUUCAAAAAAUCAUCAGGGACGCCACAAAAACACAAGAUAUUUUACCUGAAUCUGAAAAACAGAGAGAUCUAACUGUCACAGCAGAAGUUUCACCUGAUUUGGAUGCAGAAUCUCAAGCCUUUGAGAGUGAAGUAAAAGCAGAGGCAGUACCAUCAGUCACAGUAAAGAUAACAGUACAGAGCAGAGUGGCUGCGCAGAAGCCGAGCCUGGCAGUCUGUGUGCAAGCUCCGUUAGCAGUGACCUGUGACCAGUUCGUCUUUGAUGAUUUAGAACCAGAUUCAUCUGAAACUGUGGUCCUGUCUGUCUUUUUGAAGGGGAAUUGUACUCCGUCAGAACUAGAAGGAAAUUGCAUGGUUUCAUAUAAUAUACCAACAGAGCUCAAUCCUGAAGGAAUACCGAGAGUUGCGCAGUGUAACUUCAGUCUGCCUUUGCGGUUAGUUUGCUUUCCAUCUCAGCCUUCAAAAGCAGCAAACCACAAGCUAACUAUAGAUACCAACAAACCUCCCGUCACUUUUCUCACCAUUUUUCCAGACUUUAUUGAUCCAUCUGAGGGUGACCAGGCAAAUGCUCUGGGAUUUCUAUUUUUAACUGGUUCAAAAACGACUCUUCUUGCUUCAAAAACAUCACAACGAUAUAGGAUCCAGAGUGACCAGUUGGAAGACCUUUGGCUGAUAACAAAAGAGCUCACACGCCGACUAGAGGAACAUUUCAAGAAGCAAAACUGCAAAGAUUUUGCAUGUACCUUUUCUGGUUCAAUUCCCCUGCAAGAAUAUUUUGAACUAAUUGAUCGACAUUUUGAGCUACGUUUGAAUGCUGAAAAAUUUCAGGAACUGUUAUCUGAAAGGGCCGUACAGUUUCGAGCUAUUGAGCGACGACUGCUGACACGAUUCAAAGAUAAAACUCCUGCUCCUCUUCAACAUCUGGACACCUUGCUAGAAGGAACAUUUAGAGAGGUAAUAGCUCUAGCAGAUGCAGCAGAAGAAAAUCAAGCCAACGUGUUCCAGGCGUUCACAAAGUUGAAAAGUGCCACCCAUCUGGUGAUUAUGCUGAUUAGUUUGUGGCAGAAGCUCAGCACUGAUCAAGUUGCUAUUCUGGAAGCUACGUUUUUGCCAUUAGCAGAAGAUACACAAGAGCUGGGUUGGGAAGAAACUGUGGAUGCUGCAGUUUCUUACUUGUUAAGAACUUGUUUGUCAAAGAGCUCUAAAGAGCAGGCCCUGACUCUCAGCAACCAACUGUGCAUGCCCAAAGAUACCAGCAGACUGAAGAAGAACAUCACCCUCUUCUGUGAUAGAUUGGCCAAAGGUGGUCGCCUCUCAUUAAGUACAGACUUGGCCACUCAGCAAGCUGCUGUCAUGCCAGGUGGCUGUGCUACAAUCCCAGAGUCUGAUUUAGAGGAAAGAACUGUUAUACCGGGCUCCACAGCAAUGUUUUCCAGUCACGGGCAGAUCACAAAGCAGAAAUCCAAGCAUGGUAUUUUGAAGAUCUGUAAGUCCGUGUUUUUUCCUGUAAUGUCUUUUUAUUAUUUUGUGGUUUGUCUGAGGAUGCAGCAGAGGAAGCGAAAAACCAUGAAACCUGAAGACAACCCUCAGGAGGAAUUUCUAUCUGAUGUCUGAUGCAUUUAUAAUGCAGUAGUACUGAUACAUUUUAAUCUGUACUGAUUGCAGUUUCCAGAAGGAGAGGACUGUGCUAAUUUAUUAAAAAAAACCAAACCAAACAAGUUACCUUCUAAUAAUUUUGGUUGGGUCUCCCUUAACAACUACUAGCAUCCUUUCCAUGAGCAAAGUUUAAGCACUUACCUAACUGUUGUAGGGGUGUUGUGUUGUAUUUUACAAUAUAUCAUCCCUUUCUAAGGAUUCAGUUGAUUGAUCAAAGACUGUUUACACAUAGUUAAAAGCAGCCUUUGUUUCAGGAUAUGUUUUAUCUUUUUUAAAAAGAUAUUCUGAACUGCACCUCCCUUUGAGAUUAUAUUAACAUUUGUUAUAUCACAGUUUUGACAAAAGAUAACUAUCUCGUUUCCUCUUGUACUAACGUUCACAAUUCCAGACAGCUGAAUUCACUACCAGAAGAAAAACUGGUAAUCCAUCAACUCUUUUUCUCCUCUCUCAUUGCUUAUACAGACUCCUGCUCUCUAGAGAUAUAGAGUAAAAUAUGGUUACUGGACAUAAAGGGCAAACCCUUUUGCCAUUAACUAUGUCACUAUGAAUGGGAAUAAAGUUUACACUGUAAGUACGUUGAGCACAGAAACACAUGGAUCUUUUUAUGGUUACCUGUGUUUUUCUUGUCAAUCAGUCUGUUCUAGUUAUGGGCAAGAUUUUCAAAAGUAACUAACAAUUUUCGAGUGCCUUAAUUUUUAUUAAUCUGAUUGGAGGAUGCUUUGAGUGUUGUGUAUUUAGAAAGUGGUGAGUAUUUGCCUUCUGAAGGUCAGGUCCAUGCAAGGUAAUUGAAAUGCAACGCCCAGCAACUGAGGUGAACUUUGAGAGGACCUUGGCCUAGAGUUUGGAAGAGUCAGGCUCAUGUCUGGAUUUCUGAGACUGAGUUAAGAUAUUACUAAAAUGUACUUGGAAAUGAAAAUAACUGAGACCUGGGUCAGAUGUAUAAACAGCAUUUGAAUGAGCUUUCUUCUGACUGUUGCUGGUUCAUACCAAAAUACAAGUUGGCAGUCUCUUGGAUGGCAGAUAGAAAAUGCACUGAUAGUCUCAGUUUAGUUUCUGGUAGAUGCAAUUGUCUGAGCCAUCUCCACAGUCCAUGUUCCUGUUGAUCUCCUCAACAGGGGUUCACCAACUCCUGUUCUAGCUGUAGAAUAGGCCCCUCCAACUCACUUUUGUUUUUGAAAAUCACAAGAGAUUGUGACAGUUGCUGUGGUCGAUGCUAGCUUCAUUGUGGACAAUAAGGAGACACUGCUUUUCCAGAAUGUCUUUAGCCAUCAACCUUCAUCCUCUCCAUAUCUAUUUUCAACUUCUUUGCAUCCACCCCUGAAACAAAACCAGCUUUACACUACUUGUGUAUUUGCUGCUUAACCCUCUGUUCCUACUCUAGUUCAGUAAACGUAACUGUUUCAAGGAGCUUUUUUAACAUGUUAGCUAUUAAAUAGAGCUCAGUAGCCUGGGAACUGGGUAAGGCCUCUGAUACUUCUAGGGCUGAAGUGAGCCAUAACUCUCCAUAAGAAUGACUUUGUCCCCCAGGAGAUCUCAGAUAUCUACAAGUUGUGGGGCCAGAAAUCUUGCUUCUUUCUCAGGAAGGAAAAAUCCUACCCCCUGCUUGUUAUGGAGUGAUUCUGCUUUCUGAGUUUUCUUCACUCUGAUCCCUCCCCCAUGGUUUUUGUCAGGAGGGUAGUAUCCAACUCAUUGUCAAGAUACCCUGCUGCUCUGUGAAAAUUACACAAUAAAAUAAUCUCCUGUAGUCUCUGAACACACCUCAGUGACCAAAGAAAAUCCAUGGAGAACUAAUCAAUUACUGUAGCUAUUAGGCUUAAAAGUUAACUAUAGAUCUCAAAUCUUCUUUUGUCCUCUUGUCAGUGGCUACUAGGUUAUCUAGAAAAAUCAAGCACAGUUACUACCAAAAGCCAUAAUUGUGUGGAAUCCUGGACCAAAGAAUCCUAAGCUAUAGGCAUAUAAUAUAACUGGAAAGUACACUGCUAUGAGACUUCUUUGAAACAUAUUACUCUGUCAUAAUUCCCAUUAUUGAAUGUGAUCCCAGUGCUCAGAGCUGUCGGGCUUCAUUGGGUUUUUAAGGUAAAUGACGAGUAGGCACUCAAGUCAAUUAUAUCAUCCACUCUUAUUUAAGUUAUUUUCUGUCAUUUUAGGAUGUAAGGCUCAGAAGCCCUCUUAUUUGCCUUUUCCGCUCCAUGCUUUGUAAAAUAAGGUCUCAUGAGAACAGUUUUACAAAAAGGGGAAAAUAUACUGGUAAUAAAGAAGGGGGGAAAGAAAAAGAUAGAACUGUCUAUAGUAGUAAUGUAUGACCUCUUUGUAUAUUGUGCUAAAUUGCAGUGUUUGAGAGUAUCAUCAGAAUUUAAAAGUUACAUUGAGUAAAAAUUACUUAGUUUCCCCCAAUGCCAAAUAGUCCAUCUAAUUCAGAGGAAGGAAGUAAUUGAAAUGUAGUCAUUUACACAGCAAGCUAAGAGGAAAUAUUGUAAAGUAAUUCUUAGCAGUUCUCAAAUGUAGUUUGAAUUUUUAAGAAAGUUCUUUUUGGCUGGAAGAAAAUCAGGCCAAUUACAGGAAGUUUGGAAGCUAGAGAGUUGGCCAACUGAAAAUGUAAGGAAACAUUGUUCAGGGGGAACAAAUGUUUGGUUCUCAUCAGUGAUGUUUCUGAGGCUGAAAGAGACAUUGCUGCCCAGUCAAACUAUUCUGAACAGGAUUUUAGAGUAAUGCCUGGUCAGCUGUUCCAGUCAGCUUAAAUAUGCAGUGUAUCUGCACGUUUAGCUAUUCUAGUAGAAUUUUAUAUGAUUAGGUGGCUCAUGGACAAAAAAUAAUUUUAAAUUAUAAUUUUAUUGAAAAUAAUUUGUUAUACCUAAAAGGGAUUUUGUGACAUUUUCGAAAUCACGCUGUGAGUCAUGGCAUCUUUAUUAUAUAGAACUUUGAAGUACAUUUUAUAAAAUAAGUCCUAAUACAAAGUAUAUAUUUUUCUGUUAAACAGGUAAAUACUUCUAAAGAUUAUUUUCUUGGUAGAGUUUAUUUUUGGAAUGUUAUUAUCCAAGGGCUUUUCUUUAAUUUUGUUUUUCUGCUGUUGCAUUUUAGAAAAACAGAUUAAAACAAUUACUACUCUGAGGACCAAAAUCUGGAGGUCUGGACUCUGCUGAUCUUUUGGGCUUUGUACACAAUGCUGAGUUCAAACUAAGACUGUGGUUUCCAGCUCCAGAUUGAUUCUUCCGUCCAACUAUUAUUCAACUAUGACACAGAAAAACAACAUUUCUCUACUUUCAAGGGGUUGGGUUUUGCUUUAUAAUGUCUUGUUGUUUUCUCUUCUUCAGCAUUUACUGUACAGCGAGAAUUAGAGAUCAGUUUCACUAUUCUUGUAUUGCUUGUAAAGAUUAAUUUACUGCCAUAAACUGAAACUUGCUGAGCAGAGAUUGUAUUUCUAUGUGAAGUCCUUCCAGCAUAAAAAAAAUAGUAAUUACAGAGUAUGCAUCAUAUUAAAUAAGUAUAUUUCCUUCUUAUCAGAAUAUCCUGUUUAUAAAAAAUCUAUUAAAAGAAAAACACUGCAAAAGUGCUGUAAAAUAUGUGACAUACUCCUGAAAUCAA